AUGAACACUUCUGUCCGGAAAUGGAUUCUGAUUGGAGUGAUUCUCUGUCUUCAAUUGGGAGGAUUUGGGCUAUUUGCUCGAGGAUUCUUUCCUAAGAAGUUGGUAUUACCGGGUGAGGGCGUAUUUUUUUCUGACGAAAAUGGGAUGUUGAGCGUUGAUGAGCUCGAACCGCGGUUUGAUAAGCUGAUUCUGGUAGUAAUUGACGCUCUCCGAAGUGAUUUUAUAUUUUCGUCUGGUAGGAGUGCUAUGAGCGAAGUUCACCGGUUGAUAAGAGACGGUGCUGGCUUUCCCUUCACGGCGCAUUCUACACCACCAACAGUCACGCUACCGCGAAUCAAAGGAUUAACAACUGGGUCCACCCCCAAUUUUUUGGACGCUAUUUUAAACAUUGCCGAAUCAGACACUUCAUCAACUCUGGCUAAUCAAGAUUCUUGGGUCAAUCAAAUUCAAAAGCAAGGAAAAAGGCUGCAUAUGUUCGGCGAUGAUACGUGGAUUAAGCUCUUCCCAAGAGCAUUCGAGAAGUUUGAUGGAACUGCUAGCUUUUUUGUUUCUGAUUAUACUGAAGUAGAUAACAAUGUCACACGACAUAUUGAUUAUGAGCUCGGUCCCGGUAGGGAGAGCUGGGAUACAUUAAUACUUCACUAUCUUGGCCUAGAUCACAUCGGUCAUAAAGGCGGCCCGGACAGCGUUUUUAUGCCUGAGAAGCAGCGGGAAAUGGAUCAUAUUAUUCACAAACUAUAUGAGAACAUGGAAGAGAAUACACUCUUGGUUGUAACUGGUGAUCAUGGUAUGAAUGAAGCGGGGAAUCACGGUGGUUCAAGCAGUGGAGAGACAUCUGCUGGUAUGGUAUUCCUAUCCCCUAAAUUUGUCCAAAUAAAGAACUCCAGCCAGGAAGGAAACAAUGGACACAAAGCACCUCUGGAUAAUCCAACAGAGGGUGAAUUUACCUAUUAUUCAAGAAUUCAACAGACAGAUCUUGUUCCAACUCUGGCGUCCCUUUUAAAAUUCCCUAUUCCUAGAAACAGUUUAGGGGUGGUGAUCCCCGAUAUCCUAGAGUUAUGGGAAAAUGGAGAGAAAGCUAUUAUAUUAGAGCAAAAUGUAAAACAGUUUGUCCAUGUUAUGGCUUCUACUUAUCCCGGGUUUGAUAAAAUUGAUGUCGACAUUGAAAUGAAGUGCCAGGCUGCUCAGGAUUCGGUCGAACUAGGAGAAGUUGACGAGCUUCGGUGUUUGUGGUGGCGGCUUAAGAGCGGUGGACGAGAAAUAUACGGAGAUAAAGAUUUAGUUUUUGAAUUUUUAUACGGAUGCCAAGACUUGCUAAGUAAGGCAGCUAGCAAUUAUGUCGAACGAGACCUUCAGUUUGGAUUAGGAUUGGUUAUACUGUCUGCAAUUGUUGCUAUAAGCGCUGUUUUCCUUUUGAAGUUUUCAGCGAAUUUGAAAAUAGUUCUUAUCAUUAUCGCUGGCGUAUUUUCUGCUUCUAUGUUUGGCAGUAGUCUGGUAGAAGAAGAACACCAUUUCUGGUAUUGGGGUGCAACUGGCUGGCUCUCUUGGUUAUACAUUACAUCGUCAAGACGGAAGUUCCGUGAUGGUGGCAACUGGAUAGCUUGCUUAAUGUUAAUAAGAAUCAUUCGUGGUUGGAAUCAAACCGGUCAGAAAUAUGCUGGUGGUCCAGAUACCGCAAAAUGGCUUGGCCAGGAUUCAUUAGGUGACAAUAUGGGUAUGGAAUCUGGAGCAGGCCAGGUCCUGUGGGGGCUUGUUUUAGUUCAGUACGCCUCACUUCUGGGAAAGUUAUGGCUCGGGGGCUUUUCCGACGUCAGUUCAUUAGCAGGAUUUGUGUUUUCAUUCUGCAUUGCUAUGUCCUCCUUGGUAUUUAAAAUUAAUAUGGCCAUUCAAUCUGGUGAAUUUGUUCCAAAAUAUCUCCAGUUUAUUGUUGUAUCUGCAGAUGACAGUGAAGGUUUAAUUAAUUUGGCUCGACUGAGUUUUUUCACAAUUGGACUAGCGUCCCUAUAUGAGCUUUCAAAACUGAUAUUGGCUCCGAGAGAUAACAGGGUUGCUGUAUCAUCCUCUCUAACAAACCUCAGCUACAUUUUUGAAGCAUUCCUGGUUACACAAACUAGAACUGUUAACAUUCCGUUAUUUAUUUUCUUUCACCUGCUGCGAACAUAUCUGGCUCGUGCAUAUCUCAUUAACCACCGUUCAUCUCGAGACAUUGUAAUUAUCAUUACUAUUUUCACCCUUAUAUUGCAGCAUGUUUCAUUUUUUGCCAUGGGUAACUCCAAUUCGCUGGCUUCCAUAGACCUUUCCAACGCUUACAAUGGUAUUAGCUCAUAUCAGAUUGUUCUUGUAGGAGUCUUGACUUUUGUCAACAAUUGGGUUGGUCCUUUAUACUGGACUGUUGCUGGUUUGACCAUGCUAAUAGAUAGUGGUAUUAUUCCACAAACUACCACAAAAGCCCAGAUUAUAAGCAACAAGAUUUUGAUUUCUCAAAUGUUUUUUUCAAUUGCGACAGCGGGAAUUCUUGGUGCUUGUUAUGUGCUGAAGCAUCACCUUUUCAUCUGGACAGUUUUCUCACCAAAGCUGUUAUACUCGGCAGCCUGGCUUAUUCUGCAACAUGGACUAAUCGAUAUCAUGGCAAGCACAGCAUUGGCAUAUCUCUUUUAA